CCCCACCCCUCUUACUGUGUGUCCAUGAGCCUUGGUUGACCGGAGCCCUCAUCCUGAGCCUGUUCCCUUCCUGCAGCCAAAUCACGCGAUGACCAGGGGAGCUCUGUUCCUGACCUUGACCCUGACCCUGGUCAGGGUCCUGGCUGUCCCAACGAUCCCCACCCCAGUCUUCCAGCCCUUCCUUCAUAAUUGCCCACAGACCACUCCUAGUCCUGGAGCCUUGAAGACCCCCACCACCACCUGGGUCUACCCCAGCCCGCGCCUUCGCCUCAGCCCCCGCAUAGCCCUCUCCCUGGAUGUCCCCGUGGGCCUCCUGCAGAUUUUACUGGAACAGGCCCGGACCAGAGCUGCCAGGGAGCGGGCUGCCGCCAAUGCCCGGGUCCUGGCCCAGGUAGGUCGCCGCUGAGCCUGAGGGAGAGGGGUCACGAUAUGGGGGGCUGUGGACAGGCAGCCUUGGAGGACGGUGACAGAGUUGGAUGGGGCCACAUCUAGGCGGAGUGCUCCUGGAUGUGGCUGUGGGACCACUGCCAUGUGGUGUCACCUCAUUCUGAGUGCCCAGAGUCACGGGGUGCAUGGACCUGUGGCCUAGACAUCUCUGGAUUAGGGCAGCCUGGACACUGCCAUGGACAGCCACCACCGGGAGAGUCCUGCCAUGUCUCAGGGUCCUGUGUCACACUGUGUCUGGACACUGCCACAAGUGGUGACUGUCAUGUGACUUCCAGGAGGCAUCUAUGGGCUGCAGGGCUGGGUCUGUCUCCCCCAGGAUGGUGCUGGUGGACAAGUGCCACCUGCUUUGUGCCUCUGGGCAGCACCUACCCCAGAUGGAUGGGGCAGCCAGGGCAAAUCCAGAGGAAGCAGCUACAUAGACAGACACAUCUGUGCCACAGCAUGUGCACCUGUUUGGGGAUGGAGUGUGUGCCGGUUGUUCCAAGUCUGGCAACUACCAGGACGUGUGAGACCUGGGAGGAGACAGUCCUCCACCCUGAGCCCUGCGGGAAGUAUGCACAGCACAGAACUGGGCGCUGUCCCACCCUCAGCCCUUGACACCCAGCAGCAGGACCUGAGACUCAGACCACACCCAGCUCUCCGCCAGCCUUGCAGAACGGUCCUGAGCACAUCUGUAAACCAGCAUCAACUCCCUGCUUCCUGAUUUCUUGUGAACUUUGAGGGUCUGGCUGCAGGAAGCACUUAGUGAAUGUGAUGAGACUGGAGAUCGGGACAGACAAGAAGAACCACACGCUCAUGUGUACCAGGCAGUGGCACAUAGGGCUGAGUGGCACCUACCUUCUCUGCCCUCUGCCCGCUCUCCCUCCUGCUCCCCGCUUCUUUUGCCCAUUUAUUUGAAAGACAAAGGGGGGACAGAUACAGACACAGAUCUGCCAUCUGCUGGUUGACUGCCUAGCUGCCUGCUCUGAAGCCAGGAACUUGGAGCUCCAUCCAGGUCUCUCAUGGGAGUGGUAGAGACCCAGGUACUUGAACCACCAUCUGCUGCCCCCCAGAGUGUGUGUUAGCAGGACGUCACAAUAAAAACAGAGCUGGGAUUUGAA